UGUACUCUCUACUCUCUACUCUCUACCCUGCUCUACUCUUUCCUGUGUUGUUGAAGAUACGGGCCAAGAGCAUAAUUCACGAUAUGGUCGAGCCCACUAGCCAUAUCGAUUUCGCGGCAGGGGCAGGGAUGGCCCCGACUGAUGCGGCGAUUGAGGAACUGACUGCUCAGGUGGCCAAGAUGAAUGGGUCUCUCUCGGAGGUGCUGGUCCAGGUUAGCGAGCUUGCGGCUAGUGUUGUCGCUUUGCAGAAGAAUUUUGACGAGCAGCGUGCCAACAUCUCGAAAACAGAAGCGGAGCUUGAAAAUAUUUGGAACUGGAAUUCCAGUCUCUCCGGGACUGACGAGAUGUUGACUGCCAUGGGGAAGAGUCGUCGCAACGAGCUCGAGGGCCUCCUCAAAGAUAUUCUAGCGCUCAAAGGGUGGCCCGGGUUCAUUUUCGUUUUGGGCGAGGUCUCGGGCGAUGCUGCGAAGCUCCAUCAUGUUCCGAAGCCUGCGUCGACGCUCGAGAUGCCCAGGAUCGUCGCGCUUGCGUGCAACUUCGAGGCCACCGGUAUCGGAGGUCAGUUCGGCCCGGUGGCAUUCCCGCGGGGAGCAAUGGCCGCCCGCGUGGCUCCGCACGGCACGCUGGCAACGAGCCCGCAAGAUACUGAGGUGGCGUCUCUGCGGCGCGCGAAGCUGAUCGCGCGCGGCGGGGCGCCCUGCCACCGCGAAUCCAGCGCGCCGACGUUCCUGCGCCUGGUCCCGGACGGACUCAUGGAGUGUCUGCGCAGCGGCCACAAGAGGGAGAUGCUGCUCACCGAACUCGACAAGGAGGUGGAGGAGGUUGGUGGGGAGCAGUGGGAGAGAGCACUGGGAGCGGCGACGCCAGACGAGACCUGGGACCUUCUGGGAGGACUAGGUGCAGACACGAUUGCGGACCACAGCAAAGGGUACAUGAAGUACCUAGACCAAUUCCUUGCACAAUGCCGAAGUUGUCAGGUCACCCCGCUGGACUGGGCUGCACAAGGGGGGGUGAGCACAAUCACAACCAACUACGACGGCACCAACGCGUUUGCAGCCACCAACCGAGCUUUACUCAGAGCGGUUGCCUUCAGGCAAGCACACGAGCACGACCAGCGCUUCGCCAUGGCAGCAAUUGACCACUCUACCCUGACGCUCGAAGCUGCCGACGGCACAGUCGAAGCUGAGAGCACCACAGGCGCCCAAAUGGGCUUCACCCUCUGCCCAAGGCAAUUCAACGAUGCAUACAACCUGUACGUCACAAAAUGGUGGGAACAAGGCCGCGCGGACCCAGACCAGAUUAUCCACGACACGACCAACCCAGUCGCAGGCAACACUCACGACUUAGCUCUCAACACGUUCAUGGACGACAUCACCUAUGUGCAGACAAUCUUACCCGCAGCGACGGCUGCUGGCCAGGGCAUCACUGGCGAGGUCGUGCGGCGCAUCGCAGCCAUUCGCGUUGCAUGGCGACAGUGCGGGAUCUUCUGGACCUCUAAGGUGGAGCUUCGGGACCAGCUGAGAUCGCUCCAGAGGCUCACCCUCCAGAACUCGAACGAGAUUCGCAAUUUUCUGCAUCUCACGGGAGAGUUCUGGCUGACGCCGCUCGAGCCAGAAUGGGUGCAGGCGCCGAUGGAGACAGGCAGAGAGCACGGGCGGAAGGUAAAGCAGCUGGGCAAGGGGCACGGCCUAGGCCCACCGCAUGGCCAGGUGGCGGCGAGCUUGGUCGAAGAGAUAGUGGCGGUGCUCGAUUCGGAGGAGCAGAAGCUCGACGCGUCCCUCCUCCACGUGAGACAGCUCCUGAAGGAGUUCAUGAGCCAGCUCGACGAACCCUGGGGACCAAUCUUCAUCACGGAGGUCUUCUUGCAGUGCAAGAUCCAGGAGGCAUACAACAAGACGGGCGAGGACGUGGAGAUGGACAUCAAGCAGUGCAAGGCCAAGCUCAUCUACACGAUCAGCACGGCGCCGAGCUUCAGGGCCGCGCUGUACGACCAGAAGCUCGAGCAGGAGCAGUACGACAAGAUCGCGGGCUUCAAGGGGGACAUAUUCAAGCAGGCCCUGGGCCACGCGUUGGCGCACCUCGGGGCCACGAAGAGCCGUUCAGGGGGCCCGAAGACGGGCCUGGAGAGGGCAGUGGAAGCGCAGCUCAACAGGGCAAACAUGCGGGACCCCUCUCCGCUGAUCGCCGACUGCUGCGCCGCGCCGUGCGAAGAGGCGCGGCGCCCUCGGGUGCCCAACCUGAGCAACCCGCAGAUCGCGGAGAGCUGGGCGCGGCGCCCCAAGCGGCCGGGGGCGCCGCUGGCGCCCUUCCUCGCGGCGCCGCGGCGCCACCUGGCGGCCGCGCUGGCGCACUUCCGCCUGGGCCCCGGCGACCUCUUCCUGGACCUGGGCUCCGGCGACGGCCGCUGGGUGCACGCCGCCGUGGAGCGCUGGAACUGCAGCGCGGUCGGCCUCGAGCUCAACGCCACGCUGGUCGAGGCGGCGGCGGCGGAGGCGGCGCGCCUGGGCCUGCAGAAGGCGAGGUUCGUCGCCGGAGACGUCUUCGAGACGCUCCCGGGGCUCGGGCCGCAGCUGGGCAGGCUGCGGCUGGCCGCCAUCUUCCUGAGCACCAGCGGGAUGGAGAGGAUCGCGCCCCUGCUCGAGAGGGCCCUGCCGCGGCGGCGGCUGCCCCUCCUGGUGCCGUGGUUCGAGUUCCCCGAGCACCAGCGAUUCCAGUUCCGACGCAUGCUCGACGAGGAGUACGAGCUCCGGGAGUACGCCUACGUCCCAGACGAGGAGUUGUCUCUGCAGUUGCAGUCCGGCCAGUCCAUCGAUCACGGCCAAGCGGAAGACGCUCGGACAGCGAGCUACGAUCCGAACAGGCUGUCCGUUGGGGUGCGUUCGUCGGGCAUUUCAGAGAUUCCAUGCGACCUGAGCGAAAGUGUACCUUCGGUGUCCUACAGCUUCGACCAUCUGGAGAUCCCCUCCGGGCGACCCGUGCUGGAGCGCAGGAGCGAAAGUGUACCCACGGUGUCCUACAGCUUCGACCAUCUGGAGAUCCCCUCCGGGCGACCCGUGCUGGAGGGCACCGACGACUCCGGGCUUUCCAUUUCGUUCUCGGACCCGCCCCUCGGGCGGCGGCAGUUGGAGCGCCUCGACGACUCCGACUUCUCCCGCGACGCGAACUCGUUUACGCAGUCGGAGGCGCCCCUCGGGCAUGGGCGGCCGAGGGAGAGCGCCGACGACUCCGACUUCUCCCGCGGCGUGAGGUCGUUCACGCAGUCGCUGACUAGCUGGCUGCCGUGGGAGCGCCCCGACGACCGCGAUGCUCCCCGCGAUGCGGCGUCGCUUUCGGGUGGAAGGUCUUUGGCGCCGGUGUGCAAGAGGUCGUCAGCCCAGAAGGUCCUGGUCGCCGCCAUGAGCUGGGGCCGAAUAAUCAGCCACGAGUCCGUGAUGGCGCGGGCGGCGGAGCAGAACGAGGAGCAGGUACGCAGGCGGAGAGCGAGGCGGGGAAGGCUGGUCGAGCUCAACCUCCGCGGCUUCGACGGGAGUCAGAGCUGCCCGUUGCUCUGGCGCGGGGGCAAGGUGCCGCAGGACGGGGCCAGCACCCUGACGAGCCUGGUGGCCGAGGCCUGCACGCUGUUGGCGGGCUGCCUCAUGGCCGCCUGCGGGCUGCGCCGCCCGAGGCUCCGCGCCCACUACGGCAUGCUGCUCGCGCUCGGGCUCUACGGGGUGGCCUUCCCGCUCCUGCCCUCGGAGCCUUCGUGUGACGACCAGUGGCGCUACCUGCAGUGCUCGAUGGGCAAGGACUGGUGGCGAGCCGACAGGCAGGGCUGCGGCCCACAGGGCCUCACGUCAUCGGUGAUGUGCAUGGUCAUCGUCUGCAUGUCUCCGCACAUAGUGCCCGAACUGAAGCCGAUGCUGCUGUUCUUGGCUCUCUUUGUGGCGGGGUACCUCGCGGCGUCUGCGACUUACCUCUACGCGACCGAGCUUGGGUAUUACCAUUGGGGGGACAUCCUGGUCGUUGUGGGGUUGCUCGGUGCCGCCACCGUGAUAGCUGCCUACAGGAAGUACAAGGUGGACGUACAGCAGCAGUACGCGGACUUGCUCUACCAGGAAAAGUCGGAUGCCACUAAAAAGCUCCUCGACUUGCUCCAAGAUUUCCUUCCAGACCACAUAAUCUCACGAAUGUUGAGGCACCCGAGUGCCACCACCGCAGAACAGAUUCCAAAGGCGUCCGUGCUGUUUCUGGUGAUCACUGAUUUCGAAGGUCACAUGAGCCGGCGGACGCCGGAUCAGCUAUUGGACUUCCUAAACACCCUCUUCGGCAAGAUCGACCGGAUAUGCUUCGACUGCCAGGUGACAAAGAUCGAGACGGUGGGCGAGGAAUACGUCGCUGCCGUCGGCGUGAAGCCAGAAGACUAUGCGAACGGGGUUGACAAACACGAGGAGGUUCUAAACCGCCUCAUCGUGGCGGCGCUGGGCAUAUUCGAAGUGCAGAAGGGAGGACUGGACGAGCCAUUGACCAACGUCAAGUUCAGAAUGGGCCUGCACACUGGCCCUGUCGUUGCCGGCGUGAUCGGGCAGAAGUUGCCGAGGUUCCGCCUGUUCGGUGACACCAUGAACACCGCUGCCAGGAUGAUGCAGAAGGGAGUCGACGGCGAGCUUCAGUUCGGGGAGGAAACCCGGGCGUGCAUGCCCAGCUGGGUGCGGUGCCGUUCGAGGGGAAAGAUCGAGAUGAAGGGCAAGGGCCAGGUGGACGCGUAUCUCCUGGACUGGUCGAGCCAGGACAUUGAGGGAAUCGUCUGGGAGGAGAUCCGCUCCUACGGACUGCGCAAGUCCAGGCGGAGCAGUCUGGACAGCAUCAUAUCGGUCAGCAACGACGGUUCUGACGAUCAGGAUACAGUGAUCGGCUACCCCAGUACUUACACUCUGACCAGCUCGGACUCGAGGCUCACACGCGUGCUGUCGUCUUCUGUCCGCGGCGGACUGCUUCGCGGCGACGAGGGCGACAUCGACUGGCUGCGGGAGUUCUACCACUUCCGCUUUGCGCGCCACCUGGGGCGGCGCUCGGACCGCCUCGCCGUCGUGGUCCUUGCGCUCACUGCGGCGGAGGCUCUUGCGGCAGAGCUGCUGCAGCGUGACAUGGGGGACGUGCUGGGGGUGAGGCGGGUCUGGAUGUUCCUGGCCCUGCGCGCCGUGCUGCUCGCGCUGAUAUUCCGGUGGCGCGUCGUCGCGCAGAACAAGGACUGGAUUUUCCUGGAUCCGACGGCGGCGGAGCGUUGGGGGUUGGCGUACGCAUGCGCUUUGCUGAUUCUGCAGUUUACAGCUUACUCCCUUCUCGCUGUGCCCCUCGUCCACGAGAUCAGCAUGGACUUGAGCGCCUCUCAGGCCAGGGCCAAGCUGCAAAGCGAGCCCCUUAGGGCACCCCUGUGGAAGUUGAUGUAUCUCUUGUGGUACGCGGUGAGCGUGAUGGACAUACAGCUACGGCAGAAGCCCACAGUCUACUUCGUGGCUUUCUCGUUGCUAGCGCCGCUAUUUCUUUCUGCUGUGCUUCCAGCGUUACGCAACCUCACAAGCGCCGUGCAGCUUACCAGCAUGCUCAUCAUGGGCCUGGUGGGCAUCCAGAUUGCCGGCGCAGACGAGCAUCACGAUAGAGAGCGAUACAAUGCGCAGAUGCAAGUACGGUCUGCACAGCACCGCAUGGAUUCGAUCUUGAGCCAAUUGGUGCCCCCCUUGGUGGCAAACGAGCUGAACAAACGGCAGGCCUGCCAGAGUGUCAAUAUUUUGCACCAGGGCUUGAGUUGUUCCCACUCUUACCGGCGAGCCACCAUCGCCUGCUCGGACCUUGUGGGCUUCACGGCGCUGGCAAGCACGCGUACAGCCACGGAGGUCGUGGAGAUGGUCAGCGACCUCUUUGGGCGUUUCGAUCGGCUCAGUGACGUCUACAGAAUCUGCAAGAUAGAGACGGUCGGCGAUGCCUACAUUGCUGGCCAGGCGGUCCGACCGCUCACAUCGGUCUAUAAGCCUAUCAGCGUGGUCGUCUUCGCGGUCGAGAUGAUAGAAGCCGUAAGGAGCUGGUCGCGUGAGAGAGACAUCCCUCUCGAUUGCCGGGUCGGCGUCCACACCGGCGAGUGCGUCGGCGGUGUCGUCGGCGUGGAGAUGAAGCGGUACCACCUGUUCGGCCACCUCUUGUCGGCCCUGGAGCUGCUGGAGUCCACCGCUCCGACGGGGCAGGUGCACCUGAGCGGCGCGUGCCAGCGGGCCGUGGAGGCGCAGGCCUCUGCGGAGGGGCUCUGUGACGACGCCCUGGUCUGCGCCCCCAGAAAGGAGCUCGUCCUCACCACUUCAAAGGGGGACCCGGUGUCGUACCAGGACAUCGGGGGCGCGCCAACUUUUGUCGUGCAGCACUGCAGCCCGGAGCUGUACGACCCCGAGGCCGAGUCGGACAAGGUGAACGUGUCGGCGUCGACGAGCGUCAGAACCCACGCUCGAAGCGGGUCUGCCAGCGUCCCGCUCGGCACCCGCGUUGUCAGCGGAGAUCGCCUUCCCCCCGCGGUGGAGCAGCCCGACUCCGAGCGACCUGACCAUGCAUAG